AUGGGACCCCCGCCUGCCCCUCCUCCACCCCCUAUACUCAAACCCACAACGACAUUAUCACUUGGCAGGCGGCCGACAGAGAAUGCAUCAAGACGUAACAACAAUCCCGUACCUGCGGCGUCCCAGCCGUCCCGUCCCCGUGUGGACAGUCAGGCAUUACAGCACGCAGCGGCUCGCCUGCGUAAGACCGGCUACAACCAACAGAUACGAGGUGACUUCUCGGAUCUAUCCAAUGGAAGAGUGGACAGAUCGUCUGAACAGCUGCCUGGACAACAUUGGCAGAAUAGCGAGAAGCAGCCGGAGUUGGACAGCAAUCAGGCCAGAGAAUCGGUUCUUACUCCGCCCUCUAGUAGCAACCAAUCUAGCUCGUACCACCACGUUCACAGAAACACCAAUUCUGUAAAUACUGGAUCUACUAAUCAACCGCAUAAUACUUAUCGUUACUCAAACAAUAUAUCCCCCUACCAAACAUCUAAUCCCAACGACAACCAAUACAGUAUAUAUUCCAAGAAUUUCAACGCUUCUAAAAAUAUAUCGGAACCAUUUUCUAAAAACUAUAGCUCUUCGAGAACUGUUUCAUAUUCUUCGAUACCAGUGCCAGCCAGCACAUUUAGUAUUCAAAGCUCGCAGGACAACUUUCCUACUUCUACUUACGAGCCUUCAGCCACCCAAAAUAGAGAUAACAGCAGGACAUCAGCGGAUACGCACCAACCACAGGGAGUUCCUCCACAACCUUCUACUACAAUAAAGAACAAGCCAACACAUCCUAAUAGCUUUGCAAUUGAAUUAAGAGACAAAGGGUUGACGUCUUCACAGCGCGAAGCCAAUCAGUUCAAGCACUCGCAAAGGCAAUGUGAAUCUGAUCUUCCAUUUGACGUGACUACCUUACUGCAGAAUUCGUUUCGAGGAGACGAGGUUGAUCAGCUUGUAAUGCAAAUGGCGAAUCAACUGAGGAGCAAUGAAUCACCAAAUCGUCUUCAUGAAACGAGCACAUCCUCAUGCUCUAAUGCUUACCGAACAAAUACAAUGCAGAGAUCAAACAUUUGUGUGUCAUGCUCUAACCCUAUCACAUUCGAAAAACCUGGAUGUGUUGCACUAGAUCAGGUAUUCCACGUGAGUUGCUUUAAUUGUAAGAAGUGUGGACGUAUCCUUGCCGGCAGUUCCUUCUACAACAUCGACAACAAUCCUACAUGUGAAAGUUGUUAUACGGAAUCUUUGGACAAAUGCACCAAAUGCGGCCAACCUAUUACGGACAAAUUGUUACGUGCAUGUGGUGGGACUUUUCAUGUGGAGUGCUUCAUAUGUACAGUUUGUGCAACAGCUCUUGAUGGAGUUCCUUUCACUAUUGAUUCCGAUAACAAUGUGCAUUGUGUUCCAUGUUUUCAUGAGAAGUUCGCACCGAGAUGUGCUGUAUGUCAACGUGGAAUUAUUCCAAUAGAAGGUGAAAAAGAAAGUGUUCGCGUGGUUGCAAUGGAUAAAUCUUUCCAUGUUGAGUGCUACCGUUGUGAAGACUGUGGAUUACAACUCUCGAGCAAGAUAGAAGGUCAGGGAUGCUAUCCUCUAGACUCACAUCUAUACUGUAAAACCUGCAACUCUAAUCGCUUACGUGUUCUGGCUAACGUUUAA